AUGGACGAAGAUAACACCAAGAAUCACCAGAGAAGCAUUUUCGAACAAGCUGCUGCAACGCAGUUCCUGUUAGAACGUUACAAAAGCUACAAGACACACGAAUUACUUAUGCCCCUGGGCCAAACAUUGGAAGCAUUGGAGACAUUGAAUAGCAUGAAUGUUCCGAAUAGCUUGGAUGUUCGGCUUAACUUGAAUGCUCUGAUAAGAAUGAGGGACGAAUUCAAUGUCAUCAUGAAUGUGUUAACCGAAAAGGCGAUCGCAGCUUUCGAUAAAAAAUACAGCUCCCUCCAAGCAGUCGCUAACUCGGCGUCAAUACAUUCACAGAAUAUCAAUCAGUCUCGGGGAUCCAAGAAAGCGCCGGGGCUACAGAUGUCUGGGAUCACAGAUCUGACUCUUGAUAGCAGUGAAGGCUGCGAAGACAUUGGCGUGAGAAAUGCCAGUGAAAAGUCCAGCAACUCGGUUGACUAUUCCAUACCUCAUGAUGUUGCACAAAGUACAACUAUCACCGCACUACCACAAAGCAUUCAGAGGCCUGGACAUUCAUCGAUCAAUCAAUAUAUAGGCGAGAAGCCUGUACUUGACGGAAAUGGCUCAACAGGCCCAGAGCUUGCCAUUCAGUAUGCUGAAACCCAAAUUCAAACCGCAAACUCAACUCUCAAGGCUCCAUUUGAUACUCGGCCUUUAUGUUCCGCACCUCAAGGGAUCUCACUUCAAACAAAAUCUGGCUCUGAGACGGUGUCUAGCUCCACGGCAGCUAGAAGGAGAGGCGAUCCCCACCGGUGCAAUGUUUGUUCCAAGACAUUCACAAGGGGGACCACGCUUCGUGAACACGAACGGAGUCAUACAAAUGAGAGACCUUAUCAAUGUAGCACCUGCAAAAAGGAUUUCUCGAGACACAAAGACUGUCGUCGCCAUGAGCUCUCGCAUGCGAAAGCUAAGAAAUUUCUAUGUGGUGGUUGGAAUCGAAAUGAAGUGUUCGGUACGGCUAGAGGUAUAGAACUUGGAUGUGGCAGGAGCUUCACAAGAAUGGAUGCGGCCAAAGCACAUUGGAAUUCACUGAGAGGCUCUGAAUGCUUGAGGCCAAUGUUUGGGAUAGCAAAAGAGAUUUCUGUAGAGCGGGAGCACUUUGAUGAUAACAAAUGUUCUUGCGGCCUUGAAUUUGAAAGUAUAGAUGAGCUGAAAAUACACCUUGAUGUUUCUUUCCAGUCAAGUUGUUUGAGACAUGACAUCAUGGAGCUGGCGGAAUCCAUUGAAAAGAAGGAUUAUAAAGACCGGUAA